UUCCGUAGGCGGCUGGCCGGCCCUGCGACGCGGCGCGGCCGCCUCCGAGCGCUUCCGGAUGGCUCCGGUCGCCGUCGGCCACGUCGUGUCCUUCUCGUCGCAGGACCCCAGGUUCCCGGUGGAGAACUUGCUGCGGGGCGAUGGCCUUCGGCCCUGGCUCAGCUGCCCCCACGACCAGAGCAGGCAGCUGAAAGCGGAGCUGCAGCUGGAGAGAGCCAGCGCCAUCGGCUACAUAGACGUGGGGAACUGCGGCUGCGCCUUUCUCCAGAUCGAUGUGGGUCGCUCCUCCUGGCCGCUGAGCCAGCCUUACGUCACCCUGCUGCCCAGCGUCACGCUGAUGACGCCGGCUGACUCGAAGCUGGACAGGAACCGCUGCGGAGUCCGGAUGUUUAAAGAAGCAGAUUUCCUGGCGCUGGCGGUGGGCCAGAAGUGGGACCGGCUGCGGCUCAUCUGCAGCCAGCCCUUCAGCAAGCACGGCCAGUUCGGGCUCUCCUUCAUCCGGGUGCGCACCCCGCUGGAAGCUGACCGCGGCCAGCCACCCCCGCCUUCGCAGCAAGGCCUGGAGGAUCCUGAGUCUGCAGCCAGCCCCUGGCACUCCAACCCUGCCUUCUGCAAGAUUUUCUUUCCAGAGCCACGUGUGAGCACUAGGGAGGAGGAGCAGCUGAAGAGCCACCUGCAGCAGCUGGAGCCAGGCCCCGAGUCCCGCGCGUGGAGCCCGGCCCGCCUCAGCCGGCCGGCCAGGAUGGUGCUGUCGGCAGCUCAAAGGCGGGCUCGCAAGCCCAGAGCCAGCACAGGCUCCGUGGGGAGCAACCAGGAGCAGGCAGCUGAAGACCCUGGAGGCCCUGCAGCAUCAGGGUCCGUGCAGGAUGCGCCCGCAGCCCCAAAGAGAGCCCGCGGGAUACCGGACAGGAGGCAGAGAGCUCGGAGCCCAGUGGGCAGGCCUCUGCCAGCUCCCUCAAGGCCGUCCAGGUCAGGAGGAAGAGCCAGAGCCCGGAGCGAUGAAGGAAGACUGGCCAGGACCGGGGAGAGCAGAGGAGAGAGCAGUCAGGGGGAGACGGGCACGUGCCCCAUCUGCUCAGGUCGUUUCAGCGUGGAGCUCCUUCCUGCGCACGCCUCCAGCUGUGGGGAGGAAGACUUCGUCCCGGAGGCGGACUGGCCCUCCUCUCCGUGGGUGGAUUUGUCCCCUGACGCCUGGGUGUCGUGUCCGAUCUGCGAGCUCUGGUUCAGCCCGGGGGAGGUGGAGAGACACGCCAGCACCUGCGGGGAGCAGGCAGGAACCCUGGGCGCCUCGUCCUCUCCCUUCUGGGUGGAGUAGGUAGGGCCGCGAGGCCAGAGGAGGCUCCCAGACUCAGCUCCCCCGACAUCUGGUUUGCAGAGACUCCUCUGAAAUAGGGCUGUAGUUGAUCCUACAGCGAUCUCGAUGUACAGACAAGGACCAGGGAAGUUCCAGUUACCGGGAAUUCAUUCAAAUUGCAAACUUCUUCCUCGUGAACCCGCCGCAGAGACUGGUGAGGCCAAGGGGGUCUGGAGGAGCGGAGGGGCAGGAGAUCCCUGACCCCCUGGACCCAAGAGGUUGAAGUCUGUCAGAACAGUUUGUUUCGGCUGCUGUUAAGGCGAGUGGGGAUUCCAGACGCUGGGAGUUGCCUGGCCCUUGUCAUUGCGAAACAAGGGUGAGGAGCAGCGAGCUGUUGCCGCUGCCAGCAGCACGCGAAGCCUGGGCCAGCGGUGCUGGACCGGGCUGUGCCGCCGGUUCUGCGAGUGGCGGAGCGAGGG